AUGGUCGGUGUUUUGAAGAAGGCCAUGUCUCAAGCUUUAGUUUGUUACUACCCAUUUGCUGGGGAGUUUGUGCACAACACUGUGGGUGAACCUCAGCUUCUCUGCAACAACCGUGGAGUGGACUUCAUUGAAGCUUUUGCCCACGUAGAGCUUCAAGGUCUCAAUUUCUACAAUCCUGAUUACAGUAUUGAAGGUAAAUUGGUGCCUAAGAAGAAGCAAGGGGUGCUCUCGGUUCAGCCAUUGUCAUUGUCAACAUCAGUAGAGUCCUCCAAUACCUUCUUCUCAUUGUUUCUUUUGUUGUCGUCAUCAUCAAUAAAAGAUGAGAUCAUCAUCACCGCCAUAGAUCACAACCGAAGCUUCCCUCAUCACUGCCAUAGAUCACAACCAAAGCUUUCCUAUCUCGUCGUCCUUGCUGUAGUUUGUAGGUCAGCAUCACUGUUUCUGGGCGCCCAAUUUCUAACAUUAAAAGAUGAGAUCAUCAUCACCGCCAUAGAUCACAACCGAAGCUUCCCUCAUCACUGCCAUAGAUCACAACCAAAGCUUUCCUAUCUCGUCGUCCUUGCUGUAGUUUGUAGGUCAGCAUCACACCAACGUUGUUCAUUGAGAAUGACGAAAGAAGACGAGACAAGUAGAGUUUCAAGACCCGUUGGUUCGGCCCUCCCCCCUUCACCCUUAAACCGACCAUAA